CACAGAUAUGUCGCAUUUUGUUCAUUUUCAUUUGAAACAUGAUGUGGAAAGCUACGUCCAUCAGGAGAAUGGGGCAAAUUUAUUUGAUGCUUUUCAUUCUUGUUGCAGUGGUGAAGAGUGAAGUGGCAUUUGAUUUAAGUCUGAAAGACAUGCAGAAAGUAUGUUCGAUUUCCGAUAAUGGAGUAACGAAAGAGUGCGCUUCUCAAAUGAAAGAAGUCUGCAGUAAUACCAUAUGGCUUGAAAUGUUUGAUGCUUCCUCUAAAUUUAUAUAUCCUGGUAUGGCGACAUCUGUUAGAGGGGACUAUGGCAAUUUUGAUGAAUGCGUUAAAAUUGAUCAUAAAUACAGUAGAGGCAGAAUACUUGGAAAAUAUUGUUAUCCAGGACUGGUGAUACCUGAUUUAACCGAUUUGAAUAAUACUGAUUUGAAUAAAUUCUUCAAGUUUGCAAUAUGUAUGCCUGACGCAUGUUCAGCAGCAGACUACAACACAAUAUUUCAAAAUAUAUUCCAAAAUGAAUUUCCCCCUUUAUUUCGUGAUGACUUCUGCGUGACAAAAGAAAGUGGUGAACAAUUCAAGGCAAUAGAUAUAGCUACGAUGAUAAUCAUAUGUUUGACUGCGUGUAUGGUCAUUUGUUCAACUACUUAUGACGUGUAUCUUCAUAAAACUGAAACAAAAAGUCGACAUCCUCUUAUGAUAGCCUUUUCUGUCUAUUCGAAUGGUUUGAAGAUAUUACAAACUUCAGAAGGAAAUAAAGGACAAAUUAGUGUUUUUCAUGGAAUGAAAACCAUUAGUAUGUUUUGGGUCAUAACCGGACAUGGAUUGGUCGCUUGGAGGUCACUCUUGGUAACAGAUAUGGAAGAAACUACAGAAAUACAGAAACAAUGGUACUUUUUCUAUGCUACUGCAGCACCAUUAGCGGUUGAUACAUUUUUUUAUAUAGGUGGAUUUCUAUUGGCGUAUCAGUACAUGAAAAUAAAAUCCAAACCUUUGAAAGAGCACCUACUGGCUAUACCACAAAUGAUUAUUCAUCGUUAUCUGAGGUUAACUCCAGCUGUAUUGAUGCUUUAUUUGGUCACUCUUUCAUUCUUUCCACGUAUGAGAAGUGGCCCUUUAUGGAAACCUGCAAUGAAGCAAAUAACCGAUCCUUGUAACUCCAAUCCUGCAUGGACAUUUUUCCUUUAUAUACAGAAUUACUACACAUAUCCUGAUGAAGUCGUAAGUAGAUCUAAAAUUGUUAUUUACUUCAACGCUCAUGCCUCAGUCACUAGAUUUGUCUCCUGCAACUUUUUCUUGUUUCUGAGAUUGGAGAGAGAGACCCAUGAUAUGACGCCGUUCUGCGACGAUAGAGGGGGAAAAAACCCUAUCGCUGAUAAUUACGAUACUCAUUCAAGAUUGGUUGAUUACUUCAUUGGUGUAAUGAUGGGAGUUUUCAUGAGGGAGCGGCCAAAUACGUCAUUUUUAUAUAACAAAGUGAAGCAUAAAUCUAUUGUAAACUUGACGAUCUGGAUAAUAAUUUUGUGUGGAAUGUUGACUACCACUAUAUGUUAUCAAGAAGUGGAAACUCACGAGGCAUACGAAAAUAAAGCGGUAUUCUAUAGCUUGAUGAGACCAGCAUGGUGUAUCGGAUUGAGUUGGAUAGUCUAUUCUUCGUUUCAUGGAUAUGGAGGUAUUGUCGACUGGUUCCUUGCGAGGCCGAUUUUUCAAAUUCUGGGAAAGUUAUCAUACUGCAUGUAUCUGGUACAUGGAUUAGUUAUCGUGUAUAAUAUUGGAAACAUACGUACAAGACAAUAUUUCAGCAUCUUAAAUGGGUUUUAUCAAUGGUGUUCUCACGUUAUAGUUUCUGUUGCCUUGGCAUUCGUUUGGACACUAGCCUUCGAGUCACCGCUUAUGAUCGUGGAGAAGUUCAUAAUGGGUCAUGUUAAAAAAACAGAUAAAUCAACCAAAAUAUAAGGAAGCCACACUGAAGACAUAUUUAUAGAACAUCGCAAAAUGUCAAAACCAGAUAAUACUCAGCAGUUUUCAAAAACUUUCAAGGAUCAUCAAGAAGUCGAUUUUCAUAUGUUGAUAUUUACAAAAACCCAUUUUUGGUGCAUUUUCUCUAAUUCAGACAUUCUCGGAGAAUGGAAGACUGAAAACGUUUAUAGGUUAUGGUUUCGAAAAAAGUUUAUCAUGGAAAGUAUAAUAAUGAAAAUAUGGAAUAAUCAUGUUUGUUUGUUAAUAUUGAUUAUGAUUUGAAUAAAUGAAGGUAUCGUACAAACACAA